AUGUUCAAGGCGAGACGCGUGACUUCCAAGUUUGUCGCUCAGAAACAGGCAGAAGGUGCUGGAGCCACCGUGCGGCGCUCUUUGGGCUCACAGAACCUUCCUACUCUGGAUCCGUUCCUCCUGCUGGACGAAUUCAACGUUGGUCUACCUGGAGGCUUUCCUGACCACCCUCACCGAGGGUUCGAGACUGUCACAUACAUGUUGCCAACGUCCUGUGGCCAUAUGCGCCACGAAGAUUUUCUAGGCAACAAGGGCGAGCUUCGACCGGGAGACCUGCAGUGGAUGACUCCGGGGAAAGGCAUUUUGCAUGCUGAGAUGCCGGCAAGCGAAUCGAGAGCCCAUGGUCUGCAGUUGUGGAUCAAUCUGCCAAAGGCUAAAAAGACCAUGGAGCCACGUUACCAGGAAAUUGGUAGAGAUUCCGUACCUCACGUGUGGGAUGACACCAAGCAGGUUGAGGCAAUCGUAUUCGCAGGGGAAGUGUUCGGACAGAAAGGCCCAAUCGAGACGGAAGCACCUGUGACGUACAUUCACUUUCUGAUGAAACAAGGGGCAGAGCUCGAGUACAAGAUCCCUACGCGUCAUAACGCGUUCAUGUACACCCUAAGUGGUGCGGGCAGGUGUGCAGGUGAUAGCAUUGAGGCCCACCACGCGAUUGUCCUAGAACGAGAUGGCGACGGCGUGCAUGUGACAUCAGACGACAAGACCGGUCUCGAGUUUAUUGUGAUCAGUGGCCAACCUUUGAACGAGCCGGUGGUGCAGCACGGUCCUUUUGUCAUGACUUCAGAGGCCGAGAUUCAACAGACCAUUCGCGACUACCAAAGCGGCGCGAACGGAUUCGAGAAUGCUCCACAAUGGACGUCGACGAUCGGCCGCUAG